CCGAUUCAGGUGGAGAGAGAAAGACAGAGAACUGAACCGACAUGAGUUUAACCCAGAAAGACAAGGCUGCAGUCAAGGCCCUGUGGGCCAAAAUCUCCAAGUCCGCGGAUGCCAUCGGGGCAGAUGCUCUGAGCAGGAUGCUCACCGUCUAUCCGCAAACCAAGACCUACUUCUCCCACUGGCCAGACAUGAGCGCGGGCUCCGCCCCCGUAAAGGGCCACGGAAAGAAGGUGAUGAGUGGAGUCGCUCAGGCUGUGGCCAAGAUUGACGACCUGACAAACGGCCUGCUGGAGCUCAGCGAGCAGCACGCCUUCCAGCUGAGGGUGGACCCGGCCAACUUCAAGAUCCUGUCCCACUGCGUCCUCGUGGUGGUCUCCGCCAUGUUCCCUAAUGACUUUACCCCUGAGGCUCACGUCGCCUUCGAUAAAUUCCUGACCGCCGUAGCCCUGGCUCUGUCCGAGAGAUACCGCUGAGCUGCCCACAGAGUGGCACGCGGUCUGCCUCAUGCGACCAUGUAACUCAUUGCAAAAGAUGAAAGAAUAA